AAGCUUACAGCUGACGUCAGCACAUCUGAUGUGUACAAACCAUGCACAUUCAUAAAACACGCACAUCAUGGCUGAAACACAAACACGCGAGGCUCUGCGGGGCUGUACUUAGGCACAGCGGUGCUUUGAGCUAAAUGCUAGCACAGCUUUAGCAUGUUAGCAUGCUAACAUUUGCUAAUCAGCACUAAACACAACGUACAGCUGAGGCUGAUGGGAGUGGCAUCAGCUUUGCAGGUGUUUGGGCAUAAACCAGCGUGGGACAAAUUGAAAUUCUGACCUGACGAUGGCGCUAGAGGAAAAGUCAGAGGAUCAUUAAAGUUAUUACAGUUCAUCCUGAAACUAAUUUCAUCUUGAUCCUUCCGAUUGUUGUUGAGAUAUUUCAGCCUGGACUGAAGUGACGGGCCGACACUUUAGUCCAGACUACAAUUAGACACCACUGUCUAACAUUAAGGUUGCAAACACUAACAAUUACUUUCAUUAUUGAGCCAUCUAUCUGUGUUAGCCUAACCGUUUAGUCGAUAAUUAACAUGUAGGAACACGAUACAACAUGUAAAUCAGACCGCUUUGAAGUUGAUGAAACUUUUCUCCUUUGAUGAAGCUAGCAGUUUCCCUCCGCCUCCCGUCUUUGCGCUAAGCUACGCUAAACGAAUCCUGAACCUUUGUCUCCUAAAAAAAAGAUACUAUGUGGUUUAGUUAAAUAUGUUUUGGACCCAACUGAUGUGCUUCUUAUCUGACUCUGUGGGAAGAUUUCCCAAAAUGUCAGCGUUUCUUUGAAUGGAAGGAGUCAUAAUUGAGAGGGAAACAACAGUAAGAGCAUUCAAAUGCUAAACAAGUACAAGGACAGGCCUUCUUCGCAGCAGGUAUCUUGACUCGUCAGAGUAGGAAGAGCACAGGUGUUACUAACAGCAUUAACAUGGCUCUGUUCCAUUCAGAGUGUCCCAGUAUGCCAUGACAGCGAGCCAGCACCCUGAAACUGAAGCAGCUAAAUGGAACUCAGCCAUCAUUCCGUUUAUUAUUGACUGUGCUCCUCUUCUGUGAAAAAGGCCGAUAUUACACCGAUUAAUAAGAACUAAAUGAGUAAUGAAGCGCAGCGUUAAUUAGGGGCAAAAAUGAUUUCGCUCGUGGGACAAUAAAGAAGAUGUGUGUGUGUCAGUGAGUCCAUCAGCUGGUGUGUAAACACUUUGACUCUUCAUCUGCUGCUCGAGUUAAUCCUCACAACAAACACUGAAACACUUUUGGUGUGAUUAUCAUCUUAAAUGUAGUGAUUUCUCAAGGCAGUUUUGUAUGCACAGUGAUUGGAUGCUCAUGGAUAUUUUUAAUCUUGUGAAAUUUUAUUUGCACACAUUUUCUAAGAAGGGAAAUACACAGGGCUGCAGAAGACACCGAGGCCGUGAACUUAUGUAAUGUGAAUUUGGGGGUUUUAAAGGGGACUUGACUCCGUUUGUAAAGCAAACAACAUAAUACAUAUAGAGGCUUCAGCAUUUCCUCUCCAGUAUUGUCUUCCUCCAGCAGCCUGUGUAGAACUAUUGCAAAGACAUCAGAAAGUAAAAGGAAAGUAUAGUUGAGUAAACUCCCAGGCAUGGUCCUGUAAAUUAGGGAAACUGUUUGUUUAACUUACUCUCAUGUUAUCUUAUUUGUUAGUUUUAAUUUUACUGUAUUUAUAUAUAUUUUUGUCACUUUUUGUGUAAAUUUUACUUUUUGAUUGUGCUUUUAUUAAAACACUGUGCAAAUAAAUAUAGCCUAAAUCGGUUUUUUUUUCAGUUUUGUGUUAAAUCUAACAUCACAUAGUAACAAUCCGUCUUUAGUCAUCGUGGGUUUUUCCAGUUUUUUCGGGAGUUUCAGACAUUUCGGAGACUUUUGUUCUUCGGUAAACAGGAAGCGGAUCAGUGACUCUAAACGAGUCGCUUCUUUCUCUCUAAUCCUCCAUCAUUAAACCUUCAGCUCCACCCUGAAGCUCCAGCAUCUCUCUGACGGCUCCCGGGACUCACACCCUCAACCACUUGACCCUCGGGACCCGCCUCCGUCCCUUUUAACGGCCUCUGUGUGUGUGUGUGUGUGUGUGUGUGUGUGUGUGAGGCGUUAAAAAGGACGGAGGACACACACUCUCUUAAUGUCUUCCCUCAUGUAUUUGUCAUGCUGUUAAAUCCUCUCCGGUCGGCCCGCGCAGCUCCGGGCUCCCGUUCCGUUUAACGGCAUUCAUGGACCCAAACCCUCCGCUGUCCGCUCCUCUUUAACGGGCUGCAGCGGCUGAAGCAUCGCGGACACGAACCUGGAACUUUAUCUUUCCGUCCUUCCGCCUCUCCUUCCCCCCGCGUCAUGUCGUUUGGCACCAACACAAAAACUGGCUUCUCCGUGCGGGACAUCCUGGAUCUCCCAAACCCGACCGGGAGAUGCGGCUCCGGGACCGAGGAGACCGAGGAGGACGACACCGAGGAGGCCUCCGCGGAGGUUUCAGGGCCGGAAAACGCGCAGAAACUGGGAUUUAGCGACCGGAGUUUGUGCGAGCGUGGCUGCGGAAGCUACGGGAGGUGGAGCCGCGUAUCCGGUAACCGGCACUUCUCAUUACACGGUCUUUCCUUGGAGGCCCGUACCGAGCCCAAAUCUCCCGAGCUCUCCACGGACGAAUCCCCGGACGCGGAGCGGGUCCCGGCGAGCAGCGCGGCGCAGAAGAGCCGCGGCAGUAAGCGCCGGGUGCUGUUCUCCAAGGCGCAGACCUUCGAGCUGGAGCGCCGCUUCCGACAGCAGCGCUACCUGUCCGCCCCGGAGAGGGAGCACUUGGCCGGGCUGAUCCGCCUCACCCCAAACCAGGUGAAGAUCUGGUUCCAGAACCACCGCUACAAGAUGAAGCGGGCCCGGGUCGAGCACAGCCUGGAGGCGCUGCAGCUGUUCCCGGCCAGCCGGGUCGCCAUCCCGGUCCUGGUGCGGGACGGGAAGCCUUGCGACCGAAUCACAGCGCAGGACCUGGAGGCGACGCUCAGGUCCGGUCUGAGCCUGCCUCUGUGUGCCUACUCCCCGCUGCUGCACCCCGCCUACGGCCCGGAGCACCCCGGGCUGCGGCAGCAGCACCCGGGAGUGCAGCAGCUGGCGCACAUGUACCACUGGAGGUGGUGAGGCCCGGGUCCAAACUUUCCCUGAAGGAUACACUUCCUAAAACACUAAGACGUCCAUGUCAUAAGCUCGAUCGUGUUCGGCCUUAAAAUGAUUGGUUUUCUUCGCAGAAUUGGCUCUUUUUUGAAUGGAGUGUGGUAAAUAUCAGAAAAAAUAGUAGGGCAUUUUCCCAGAAAGGAUGAGUGUCUCGAAACAAGGCACAAUAAAAAACAUGUCACAUGAGAAAAUUAAAAUCUUAAAGUUGAAGCACAAGUUUGUUUUAAACUUAAGACUAAUUUCCUGUCGGUUUCUGAUUCCGUUUUCAGCCUUUCAUCAAGUUCAAAUCACCAGUUUUUAGGGCAUUUACUGUAAUGGCGAAGCCCCCUUAAAAAUGACUCUUUUCUGUCUCGUACAGCUUGAUUUUCCUUUGUAUCCCCAUCACUGAGAACAACUUUCCCCCCAUUCAGACUCGCAAACGUCUAAAACUACCCAGCUUCUUGUUAAAUACGUGAAUGAAAAAGACUGAAGUCGAACUGAUCAUAAAACAAAGGUUUUGUUGUUUUGUUGUUGUUGUUGUUUUCGUUGUGUUUUUUCUGCAAAAAGUGUCACUUUUAUCGCGAGAAAAUGUUUCCGUGUGUUUCAUAAAUCUAUUUAUAAUGUUGACCGGUGAGUUGUUUUGUAAUAAACUGGAUAUUUAUGACGGUGAAUAAAAGGUGGAGCAGGUGAGAGUGAUUUGAUUUCAGCCUGUAUUGAAUCUGAUCGCUCUGACAGGAAUAUUAAUAUUAUUCUUUACAGAGAUAUUAUCUUCUUUUUUUUUUUAAAUCAAAAAACAUUUAUCAUUUAUUUCAUGCAAGUAUUAUCCUGUCAUCACCAACUUCAAAGUGCUGCAGAAUUUGAAUCAUAAUAAAAGAGCUAUUCAUUAUCCAACCUAUGAUGUACACUACAAACUUUAAAGUCAGAAUUCGUGAUAAAUUGAUUGAAGUUGUGGAGAGCUUGGCUCCUAAACUGGGAUUACAUUUCCUGUCAUGUUCAUAUGACAUGUCUGUAUUAUUCCUGCAGAAACGGUGCAUUUCUAUUGUAUAGAGGGGUCUAUAUAUUGAGCACUUCACGGUUUCCUGUGGGGAGUUUCUGGUGAAUUUGGACAGCUAAAUGAUUUGUUUAAUAUUUUGCUAUGAAUGAAAAAUAAAUGGGUCAAAGCUACAGGUCUAAUAAAGGGAUGGGAAGUCAUUAGAAGUAAUAUUUUAGGAAUAACUUUGUUAUACUAAACUAUAGCUGAAUUUGUUUUAAUAUUCCAACAAUGUUUUCAUAAGAUUCCUAAAACUAUUCGAAAAGUGAAUGGAGUUUGGUACAUUUGCAGAUUUGUUUGAAUGUAAUGUAAGUGUAUUUCUAGGACCUUAACAUGUCUUUGUCAGGGCUGUAGUGAUUUUAUAGUGACCUUUAUUUAUUUUCUACUUCUGAAUCAUAAACAUCAGAGCAAACUGAGGAUCAGCAGCAGCAUUUAAGGCACACGAGGAAGCAGCACUAUCAUGUGUUGUUCUUUGUAUUUCCUGUUGCCUGAUUCAGGUGUUUGAGUUGGAUGUAAUGAAUAAAUGAAGAGGAGGAAAAGGAGACUGAAACCUC